UCUUGGAGCAGAAGGGGAGGACAGACAGACGGGGGGCGUGCGUUCCUCCAGAGUUCUUUUUCUCGCUAACCCUCGCGCGCGCGCGCGCGCCCGCGCACAUAGUCAUCCCUGUGGGCUGGCGAUUGUGGCCAGGAGUUGGAGAGGCUCCAUCCCAGCCGGUGGCCGGAGGUUGGCUGCUGGGGAGACCUCCGCACCGAAGCGUUCCCAGGAAGUUUUCCGAAGUAGAUGCAGCAGUGCAGCCGGGACCGCCGCCGCACAGGAGCCCGCGACCCACGCCACCCACUCUCGCCGGCUCCGCUUCCUCUUGUCCAGGCACCGUGCGCUGACCAGGCUGCUGUCUGCGCCCGCCUAGCUCCACGGUGAAAAAAAAAGUGAGUGUGUAAAAGGAGCACAAGAGGCAUUUCCUCAAAUCUGCAUCAAGAUGGAAACGUUUUGCUUCAGGGUGUCCUUUUGGGUGGUGCUGCUUGGAUGUGUAAGUAGUGAUAAUCCUGAGAACUACAACGCAAAUCUCAGCACUGGUGUGGAAGAUUUUACCACUUUUCAUGGGACAGAGCUCAGCUUCCUGGCUACCACCCGUCGACCCUCUAAGUUGGCCCUACCCAGCAAUGGCUCCAAGCACAACUACUGCCCGCAGCAGACUAAGAUUACUUCAGCCUUCAAGUACAUUAACACUGUGAUAUCUUGUACUAUUUUCAUCGUGGGAAUGGUGGGGAAUGCAACUCUGCUCAGGAUCAUUUACCAGAACAAGUGUAUGAGGAACGGCCCCAACGCGCUGAUAGCCAGCCUUGCCCUCGGAGACCUUAUCUAUGUGGUCAUUGAUCUCCCUAUCAAUGUGUUUAAGCUGCUGGCUGGGCGCUGGCCUUUUGAUCACAGUGACUUUGGCAUAUUUCUGUGCAAGCUCUUCCCCUUUCUGCAGAAGUCCUCAGUGGGGAUCACCGUCCUCAAUCUCUGUGCUCUCAGCGUUGACAGGUACAGAGCCGUUGCUUCCUGGAGUCGUGUCCAGGGAAUCGGGAUUCCCUUGGUCACUGCCAUUGAGAUCGUCUCCAUCUGGAUCCUUUCUUUCAUCCUCGCCAUCCCCGAAGCGAUCGGCUUCGUCAUGGUGCCCUUUGAAUACAGGGGUGAGCAGCACAAGACCUGUAUGCUCAACGCCACAUCAAAGUUCAUGCAGUUCUACCAAGACGUGAAGGACUGGUGGCUCUUCGGCUUCUAUUUCUGCAUGCCCCUGGUGUGCACCGCGAUCUUCUACACCCUCAUGACUUGCGAGAUGUUAAACAGGAGGAAUGGCAGCCUGAGAAUCGCCCUCAGUGAACAUCUUAAACAGCGUCGAGAAGUGGCAAAAACAGUUUUCUGCUUGGUUGUAAUUUUUGCUCUUUGCUGGUUCCCUCUUCAUUUAAGCCGUAUUUUGAAGAAAACCGUGUACAAUGCGAUGGACAAGAACCGAUGUGAAUUACUUAGUUUCCUGCUCCUCAUGGAUUACAUCGGUAUUAACUUGGCAACUAUGAAUUCUUGUAUAAACCCAAUAGCUCUAUAUUUUGUGAGCAAGAAAUUUAAAAAUUGUUUUCAGUCUUGCCUCUGCUGCUGCUGUUACCAGUCCAAGAGCCUGAUGACCUCAGUCCCCAUGAAUGGAACUAGCAUCCAGUGGAAGAACCACGAACAAAACAACCACAACACAGAGAGGAGCAGCCACAAGGACAGUAUAAACUGAACAUCUUCAGAAAUAUUAAUCAAUGUUCCUUCAAAUCCUCUUGAAGGAAAAACGUCACACAGCUACUACGUCUCCAGAAGUCUCUCCUCACAUGGCUCAGUCCCACCCCUGGAAAAUGCUUUCCAAAACAUCAGAGAGUGGAUUGGUUUAUACCCACAAAUUCAGUGAAUCUAACUUCUUUAAUUUAUCUAAUGUACAUAUUCUGCAUGUUUUAUUCAGCACUAAAAAUGGUGAAAGUUGGCAGGGGAAAGGGAGACUGUUAAAUGAAGCCAGAAGGAUAUUUACUACUUUUGCAUGAAAAUAGAUUUCAAAUGCAUGACUAGCUUUCACGGCCGUUCUGUCAAAUGUUCAGUGAGAACUGGUCACCAUGAAAGUUUGGAGAUUAUGAAAUAGAGAUAUUUUUUUAAGUGUGUUUGUUUUGUUACCAAAUGCAGUAUGGCUUAAAUCACCUUUGUUUGAGAUGUUACUCAGUCCUAGUAUUUUUUAACUCAUAGUAGCCUAAAAAUAAUUAUUUGAGUUUAUUUACACAUAUUUUAAAAAAACAAGUAAAACAAUUUAGGUGAACAAUUAGGCUAAUAUUUCUCAUGUCACUUUUUUUUAAAAUAUAAAUUCUCAAGCUGCAAAAAAUGUAGGCACUAAAGCAUAAACUGGUAAUCACACAUGGCAGUUUAAUAGCUGCAAUUCAAAGCAUUUUUAAGAGCUACUUUUUUUAGUGGUUUUUCAUUACAGGAGAUCCUGAACAUAGGUUUAUGUUAAGUUAAAAAAAUAAUGCUUGAAUCAAAUAGUUCCAUUUUUCAUAAGCUAUAUCAUUUUUCUGUCAGUUAGGUAAAAUCAGUACCAUAUACCGAAAUUUCAAAGUGUAUGUCAUUUAACCAUCCCAAGACUUUCAGUGCAAUGCAUAGACAUCUCAAGCACACCUAGGAGGAAAGGAUUCAAUAUUUUUAGAAGAUUUGGAAAUUUUCAUUGAGGUUUUUUUAGUAAUAGUAACCUGUAUAUGUAUGAAGAUGCAUAUAUAUGUACAUAUGUACACAUAGGUGUGUAUACAUAUAUAUAGAAUACAUAUCACCACAUAUUCUUUUGAUUUGUCGUAAAUGUCAACUGGCAGUAAGACUUUUUUGGUCAUUCCAUUUUCCAUAUAGGAAACAAUUUCAAAGUGGCUGAGUUUAUCAUGUCAGCGAAAUAUAAUUACGCCCAAAGGCCAUCAUGAACUACGGUUCUUCACUUCCCCAGGUUUCCAGUGUGAAGUUAAACACCUCCCCACUCCCCCGAUUCACAUGGUCACCAUUUCAAAGGGCCCACAGUGACUUCUGCUGGGCAUUUUCCAAGAUGUUUACAGACUGUGAGUAUAGCAGAAAAUCUUUUACCAUGUGUACAUAAAUAUAUAUAUAUAUAUAUAAACAACUAUACAUUUCUUUUAGCCAAUGUUUCUGUUAUCUCUUCGGAGUGUAUUUGUGUGUGUGAUACAUGUGUGUGUGCGAUGGGAUGGAUGGACUUAUGUAAUCUAAUAAUAAUGCCCUGUGCUUGUGCCAAAGCACAUGCUCUGAGUGGAGUCUAGGUGGUUAUUCAUCAUGACAAGCAGCCUCAGUCGGUUUUAAUCUAUGUGUUCGUAAAUCUUGUGGCUGUGUCAUCAUUACAAAUUGAAUAUGAGGGGGGCAGCAUGAAAGGGGACGAGUCAUCGGUUAACAAUAGGGUUUUGUUUGGUUGGUUGGUUUGGUAAAACAGUGUUUGGGGAUGUAUAUUUUCCUGUGCUAGAGCAAACGUCAUUAAACUUUGAAGUAUUACAUGGUCCUAAUCCUCAACUUGAUGAGGUUGUCAAGUGGUCAGCUGUUUACAUCAGACUUCACCAAACAUAUUACUGAUGAUGAAUUAGCUAAUAAUUUGUUGGGCUAUGUUCUAGCAGAGUCACAUACCAAAUGAUACAGGUUCCAGCUGAUCCAGCUGCGGGGCCCCUUUCUGGGUCAGCAGUCAACGCCAUUGCUCCACAGAUGUAUCACAUGCAGUGCUGUGGGCCCAUGAUGUAAGCCAUGAGUUCACACUAUUUUGUUAAGACAAUUGUCUUUUUGUUUAAGAUGCUUUGUCUCUUUUAUAUGAAGAAUGUGUUUUAUAAGUUCAGAAAGUCGUAGAUUUCCGAAUAAUCACACAGGCUUCAGUGUACAUUUUGUUUAUGGACUGUUAAGUAACCAUGGUUUACUAGCAGGAAUAUUUUUG